ACAGCGGGGAGUAGAGUUGAAGGAGUGAAGAGAUGGUGCGCAGGGGAUGAGGGGAGAGGGGCAGUAGAGUCUGAAGGAGUGAAGGAGAUGGGGGCAGGGGAUGAUAUUCUACUAGACUCUACUCCACUGGCUCCACUCCAGAUCACCUGCCUAGAGAAGCAGGUGGUUAUGCUGCAGGCUGAACUGCAGUCUCUCUCUGAGGAGAACCAGAGGCAGGCUGAGGAGCUGACAGUGUGGAGGCUGACGGCCCAGCCCCUCUGUCUAGACCCAGAGGACCUCACCGCUGCUCCCCUCAGCCCUGGACACAACACUGCUCCCCUCAGCCCUGGACACAACACUGCUCCCCUCAGCCCUGGCCACAACACUGCUCCCCUCAGCCCUGGCCACAACACUGCUCCCCUCAGCCCUGGCCAACACAGCAGUGUGACGGUGAUCAGAGAGGAUGAGCUGCUUCUCUCCUGUACCUCCAGUAGACUGUAUGGGAGGACCCUGGCUUCAAGACUACAUCACUGCAAUUCUCCUGAAGCAAAGAGUCUCCAAAACCCAUCCAGAAAGAACAAAUGUACACAUCCCCAAGAGACAGAAAAACAGACCAAUGAACAUGGGAAAGAUGGUGAAGAAGCAGACAUCACCAAAGAUGUUUACCAAAUCUCAGAGCUCCAGACCAAGGCAACAGAGCACACUAACCAAGAUGAUUCAGAAAACAAGACCAAUCCAAACACUCCCAGAGCAACAGAUGAGACCCAGGCCAAAGAAAUAGUCUCAAGGCACAAUCUAGACGUCAUAGAACUAGAUAACAAAGAGUUCCCCACUCUAUCUCUCGCUGAGGCUCAAUCCACUGAAGCACAGUCCUCUGAAAUCAAUCAUCCCAGUCACCAUCAAGAGGAACCAAUCUCCACUGGUGUUGAGAAUAAAAAUCACUCCUCGGUCCGUAGAAAAGUCACCACUACAUCAGAGUGGCGAACUGAGAGAACGAUAGUGGAGACCAAGGUUCUGAGUUCAAAGGUCAUACCAGCAGGAUGGACAGGUCAAGAGAGAUUGAGCUCUGUAGAGGUGAGUAGUACCAGCUCUCAGACAGAGGAGGGGAGAGAAACAGGCGCCCUACCAGAAACACACCACGUAUACACACAGACGGAGAAGGAGGAAGAGGAGGAGAAUGAUGAAGAACCCACAGAAUCACCCCCUGUGUCACCAGUCCAGAUGUCUGAGGGGGACAGGAUGUUGUUUUCUGGGUCCUUCCCGAUCCCUGCCGACCCAGCCCGCCUGGCGGAGCGGAUCCGUCGUAACCGGACUCAGAUGUCUGCAGCGUACGAUGAUACGGAAUACGAACCCUACGGCCUGCCUGAGGUGGUCAUGAAAGGUUUUGCUGACAUUCCCAGUGGUCUAGGCUGUCCGUACAUUGUGAGGAGGGGGCUCCUGGGUACUGCUGCUAUGCCCCGUCCCCAGAGAGAUCCCGGCCAGAGGGGGGGGGGGCAGGAGGACCCUGAUUAACCCCCAACAGGGGAAGCGUUUAGCCCCUUAGAACCUAAUAUCUGCACCAGUCACACAAAUAACAGCUGCAUCAUCACGCAGUUUACGUUCAGCACGUAUUUCACAAAUUAUCACAAGGUUUGUGUAGUCGUAAUGUAAACUACUAUGUGAUCGUGAUAGAUUAUACAAAGUCUGUAGUUGCAUAAUGUUGUCUUUAGAAAGGACGUUUCAUGUGGAGAUGACAUUAACUAGUUCCACAUGACUYACUUAAUCGUCUUGUCCUCCUUGGGAGAGUAGGGCGUCCCCCAUGGCAAUCCACCUCUCUCUCCUGUGUGGGUUCACAAGUUCCACAUAUGGUUGAGUGUAUUUGUUUAUGCCGUGUGUCAGCGUGUUUGUACAGAUCCACUGGAAGACCGUCAGAGGAGAAAGAGUUAAUUUCACUGGACCUGCUUUGUACUGACCCAAAUAAAACCCGUUUCAUCUCUAUGUACUGAAACACCUGAAGAGGGACGACAACUGUCCCCUGCUGACGUUUAAGACAAGACCUUUCAUUGAGUUUUACAGUGGCUCAUUGGUUUCWAUGCACCUAAUACAGUACUGUUCUUUACAAAUCUACUGGCUCACAUUUCCUUGUUGUGGUUCAAAUGAGAAAUGGUGCCUUGUUUUUAUUUAAUUUUUAUAAGCUACUUUAGGCUAUGGUCCAUUGCCUGUUGUGAAAACUUGAAUUUAUUUSAAUAGUCUUAUUUAUAGACUGUUGAAUGUUUUAGUGUUUGUGUUCAUAUCGGCUUUUAUAAGCAGUGGGUGUACAUUUGAGGGAGUGUGUGUCGGUUUGUACAAAACUGUACACGGAUGAGUACGUACUGUGUAGGAUGAUGUCUGGUCGUUAUGUUUUCUCAAUAUUAGCCUGUGCCUGUGUAUGACUCAACCUAACCUGAGCGUGUUUCCUCUCCUUGUAUGGUGAUCCACUGGGAGCGCUCCUUCUCUUCCCCUCCCUCUUCCCCUCUUUCUGUUUUUUCCCUAUUAAUUUCUCUCUUUCUUUACACUCAAACCUUUUUAAAAAUGGCACCCUCACGCUGUGCUCUUGAAUUUACACAAGUGAGGUAGUUUUUCUUAUUUUUAGAUACACUAUUUAAAUUGUGCAGGUUUAGUCUGCUUUUUUGGACUUUUUUAGUUUUUCCUAGAUUUAAUAUAUUACAUUUUUGGGGGGGAUAGAUUUUUUGUGCAUGUUAGUGAUUGUGCCUUAGGUUUCUAGAUUUUCAGUUGCAUCAAUAAACUGCCCUGGUUUGAAA